AUAAUAACAACGAUAAUAAUAAUAAUAAUAACACGUGUCAUGUCUUGUGCCUUCCCUCUCCCCUCUUGCAGUACAAGUCAAUAAUGCUUUAUUAGCACUAAAUAUUACCAAAAAAGACUACUCAAGAGUUUCACUGGGUAACCCAGAUCCCAACAAACCUAGUCACCUCAAUGACUACAUCUGUCUUUCUUUCUGCUCUGGUCAUGGUCAGUUAGCUAUUUUCUUCCCUCCCCUGCUCCCUCCCUCCCUCUCGCAGUCUGUAUUACUAAGAGCUUCCAUGUCGUUCCUCUCUCAGACAAACCUCCCUCUAGUAUCAUCCGAUCUCCUCCCUCCUUCUUUCCCUCUUUAUCUUGGUUGUAAGGAUGUUACUCUGGCAACUCCUCAGUUUGGUGGGCUCCCUCAUGCUCUGCAAAGGUAAGACUCAUAUUUCCAUGACCAAAGUGUGUGUGUGUGUGUGCAUGGGUGGGUGUUGAGCUAGUUAUGUGAGGUCUGCCUGUUCUGACCCCUUCACCCCUCUAUCCCCCCUAAUCCAGGACACAGUUUACAGAGAGAGAUAGAAAAAGAGAGAAAUGUGUUGUUUUCUGUCUCACAUCUGUUAGCACAGUGUUUCUCAAACCUCUCCUCGGGGACCUCCAGCUGUUCCAUGUAUUUAAUCUAUUCUAGAUCUAGCAUACCUGAUUCAACUUGUCAACUAAUCAUCAAGCCCUUGAAUAGGUGAAUCAGGUGAGCUAGUUCAGAGCUGAAAAAUAAAAAAUAAAACGCUGCAUACUGCUGCUGAUGCUCCCAGGUGAUUUUAUUAUAAGAACGUUUCGACCCUUAGGUCUUCAUCAGGCAUCCAUAUCCCAGUUGGGGGUGGAAGGUCCUAUAUAUUAGGGGCAGUACUCAGUGACAUCACUUCCUGAAACAGGAGGUACAAAUAUAUAACAGCUUCACAAUAUCGACAUUCAAUAUUUCAAAAUAUAUGACCAUACACAAGGAAUGUGAUCAAUAUUUACAGUUUUUUUUAUAUAUAUAGAUAUAAUAUUCAACUUGGGUAAAAAAGCACACAAUAAUUUGGACAUUUUGAAACUAUAAAAAUGGUUUUAAGUCGAACUCCUCGUUAAGGCCAAGAGGAGACAGUGUGUUGAGCCUGUGGAUCCAGAAAGAUUCCCUUUGAAGAAGUUUCCUCUCAAUGUCCCCUCCCCUGCGUGACAUCUUGACAAUUUCUAUUCCAAUGCAUCUCAGAGAACUAAUAGGAUGUCCAGCUUGUACAAAAUGAACAGCAACCGGGUUUUUUGUCUCACCGGUCUGUAUAUUGCGGCAGUGGUCACUGAUCCGGGUCUUAAGGCUUGUACGGCUUUUCCCUAUGUAAGACAGACCCCAGGGACAUUUCAACAUGUAAACAACAUUGGUGGACAUGCAGAUAAUCAGGCCUUUGAUCUUAAAUCUUUGUCCUGUGCAGGGGUGGGUAAAUGAGUCACAUUUCUAUGUGAAACUGCUGAUUAGUUCAGAGCUACAGCAAAUUGUUAAAACGUCUGGGUGUCCCUGAGGAGAGUUUUGAGAACCACUGUGUGUUAGCAGACUCAAGGUUUCAGACAUCUUUCUACACUCCCUCCAGAACAGACUCAAAUAACUGCCAUGUAUGUUCUUUCUCUUCCCCAAAUAUCCUUGAGUGGAGGAAUUAUAGUGUGUGGUGUGUGUGCAUGGGCGUAAGUGUGUGUGCACGUGUGUGUGUGUGUGACCACAGACAGAGAAAGGGGCCAGGGAGAGCUCAGAGAGGUAAAACUUCCCCAUCUGCCUCGGGACAGUUCUGUCUAUGGGACAGUUAGUGCUGCUUGCUUUGUGUGCCAAUGGAGUGAGCCCUGUGUGUGUGUGUGUGUGUGUGUGUGUGUGUGUGUUCACGGGUCAUGAAUUAAUGACAGAGAGGACAGGAAGAUUGUUGAGAAAGGGGAUUGGGGGCACAGAGGAAGAUAGAGAGAUGUCACAGGAUGAGCUGCUUUUUUAUAGCAGCAUGAUCCAAUUGAGAGCAGCAGCAGAGGACAAGCUGCUAUUAGAGAGCAUGGAUCACCGCUAAAGCCGCUAGCAUGACACUGGGCGCUAGCCUACAUGCUAACACUAAUAACUGAUGUUGUUUAAACGUUAACAAGCUACAUGCUAAUGCUACCGAAUCAUGACACUCAAUGCUACAUGCUAAAACUCAUAAUGCAGUCUUGUGGCUAAUUCUACAUGGUAAAAGGUUAAAGCCCCUAGCGCCAUACAGUCAAAGCCUGGCUGCAGCCAAGGAGGGACACUACAGUAUCACAUAGCAAAAUAAUCCACAGAGGAGGAUCAUUUUCCAGAGCAAGGUUCAGACAGGCACCUUUAACCUUUCACCUGUGGCAAAGAACAGUGGCUAGGGGAGGGGGAGAAAGUGAGACAGAAUGGUAGGGGUGAAUGUGUGUUCUAUUAUAAGAACAAUGUAAACAGGCCAGAGUUCGAGAAGCACUGGCCUAUCUUUAUAAAUAGAAAUCUUCGGUAUUCACUCUGUCUCCAUUCACCAGCUGUCUGCUCAUGUUUAAAUGCAUAAGGAAAGAAGAAGAAUACGUUGGGGUUCAUCAGAGAAUGACCUGGCCCUGACCUAGCAGGGUAUCAAUGAAUACACUUACACAUCCUCCCCUUCUCUCCCCAGGCCAGGAGAGUGGUGUAGUUGAGCUGUGUGAUGACUUUACAGACCUGGACUUCCAUGAGUGCUUCCUCGGGACCACCCUGAACGUCAAGCUGCUGCUCUACGCCAAGUAGGUUAGAGUGUGUGUGUGUGAAUAUGAAUGUGUGUGACUGCGGUUGGGUAAAAAGUAAAAUGACAUUUUCUAAAUAAAGUAUUCUCCUUCUCCGUUUCCUUUCCCUCCUCCUUCCACCAGGUCUAACCUGCGCUGUGGCAGAGAGGUGAACCAUCACCACCUGUCCUCCCAGCCACUCUUCAACUUCUCCCUGCCCACGGCCUUCGUCAUUCACGGCUACCGGCCCACCGGGGCCCCUCCGGUCUGGGUGGACCAUAUCGUCCAGCUGCUGUCUGAGCAGGAGGACAUGAACAUCCUGGUGGUGGACUGGAACAGAGGAGCUGCUAACCUUAACUACUUCACUGCUGUGGCCAACACACGACAGGCUGCCAACAACCUCACCAGCUUCAUACUCAACAUGCAGGUGUGUGAGCGGGAUAUUGCUAGUUUUCUGUGAAUCUAUAAUCAGUUGUUCUAUGAGUCUUGUGUCAAUGUUGCUAAUUGUUCACUGUGUGUGUGUAGGCGGAGGGAGCGCCUCUGAGUUCGAUCCACCUGAUUGGGGUGAGUCUAGGAGCUCACCUAGCUGGGUUCGUAGGAGCAAACCUGAAGGGCAAGAUCGGCCGCAUUACAGGUGUGACAGAGACUGUCUGUGACUGAAAAGCUACUAUUUGAUUGAUGGAUUAUUUAAAUGAUUACUUAAUUGAUUAAUUAAUGGUUUAAUUAAUUGAUGUAUUAAUUAAUGUAUUCAUUGUUUCAAUAAUAUUCAUUGUUGUCCAGGUCUGGACCCAGCAGGGCCCAUGUUCACUGGAGCGACUGCUGAGGAGAGACUAGAUCCUUCAGAUGCCAUGUUUGUAGAUGUACUACACACUGACAUGAACUGUAAGUACUGACAUGCUGUGUGUGUUUGUGUGUGUGUGUGUGGCAAGGGAUUCUCUAGAUGUUUGUUUUUGUGAUAAGAACAUUUUGAAUUUCAUGUUGUCCUGUAUUAUCUGUAAUUUUUUCACAUAGCGUUUGGUCUCAGAGGUCAACAUGGCCAUAUUGACUACUAUGCCAACGGAGGAUCUGAUCAGCCAGGCUGCCCCAAGACCAUCUUCUCAGGUGAGACUAACACACACACACACACACAAUAACUCAUGUAAUAACUCACAGCUUCUCUCUUUCGUAGGGAAGUCAUAUUUCGUGUGUGACCACCAGCGCUCUGUGUUCCUGUACCUGUGUGCUCUCAACCGGACCUGCAGCCUCACAGCAUACCCCUGCUCCUCGUACAGCGACUUCCUGGAUGGGCAGUGUCUGCAGUGUGAAGCCUUUAAGCCCGCCCCUUGUCCCAUGCUAGGUGUGAGGACAGACUUCCCACUGGUCAACCCAGAAUCUCCCUCAAUCUAUAAACAAGGGAAAAUAUGCUUGUCAUCAAAUCCUCUAUUAAGUAGUUUGAUUGCCAUACCAAUCCAUGGUUACCCCCCAGGUUAUGACAUCAGCAGGUGGAGGGAUACUCUGUUGCGAUUGGGACAGACCAAGGCCUACUUCACCACCACUGCCACGUUGCCUUAUAAAAGUAAGUCCCACACCCCUAAUUAUCAAUCAGUGAUUAACAUACAUAAUGCUUCUAUAGCAGUGAUUUCUCAAAUAUGAAUUGUGUGUGUCCUGUGUGUGUGUGUGUGUGUGUGUGUGUGUGUGUGUGUGUGUGUGUGUGUGUGUGUGUGUGUGUGUGUAGAGACCAGCUACAGGGUGGACAUGGUGACAUGGAACCAUUACCUGCGCUGGGGUGUCGUCAUCCUCAGACUACACAGUGGCAGGAACUUCACUGAGGCACGCAUAGACCGGUACGUCUCAAAUACACACACGAACGAACAGAUACACUUGUGACAGUAAGACCUCUAACUCUCUAUCCCACUCACCAUCAGUAAGCUUUUCAGGUUUGAGCAGUUCACCUCCACCCGUCUGUUGGUCCAGUUUGAUGAGGACCUGCAGCCCGUCCAGAAGAUAUCCCUCCGCAUCGCUACUGGCAACAUGAUAGGCCCUCGCUACAAAAUCCGACUACUCCGCAUCCGCCUCACCCCAUUGGAGCAACCCGACAGGUGAGAGACCACCACACACUUUUCCCUUUUUCUGCCUCCUUCCUCCCCCCUCUCUCUCCAACUAUACCUUUCUCUCACCCCUCCAGCCCGCUGAUGUGUCGCUACGACAUCAUCAUGGAGGAGAAUAUUGAGGUGGCGUUCCGUCCGCUGCCCUGCGACCCUCGCCUCUGAGCCGCCACCGGAGGAGGUUCUCCUCACACACACACACACACA